AUGCCAUUUCUGAGGUGCGGCUCCAUCGCGACCAGCUCGAACCACAUCUCGAAAAUAUUGACGCGGUGGAAGAUGACGGGGUUCAGGGCCUCUGGCGGCAACUUCGACUGGUGGACCUUGCGGACUUUGAGGAACCUACGCUUGCCCACGGUGGAGUCCAAGCCUAAGUCCCCGGUGCCCAACUUGGUCUUCAGGGGGGUCCCGUGGAGCUUGCAGGAGUCCUGGACCUGGUUCCUGAUGUCUUUGUCAUUCGACAAGAGGGCCGACUUGGGGGAUAACCUGCACCCAAGAUCUACUAACCCAGCUUUGAGAUACUUCAUGGCCUCGGGGAAGGACUUGAGCAGGGAAUCGAACGAGCCAACCAUGCGGGCGUGGGCGGCGCCGCCGCCGCGCUUGAUGCUGGUCUCCGACCAGUCUGCGAAACCGUCUUGGGCCUGCUUCAGGGGCGAUGUCCUCUGCACGACUCAGACGGUCACCGGAUGCCCAUUAUCCUUCUUCUUCUUCUUCUUCAAGGCGUCUGGGCCGUUCCAGGGAGAGCUGGUCGUUUGGGAUGCCAGGCUGCGGCAGAUCGAGGAGGACACCCACAGGAAGGUCCAGGCAGCCAUGCAGUCGAUCAAGGAUCGCGUCCAGAGGAAGGCUGGCCCGCGCCAGGUGAGCCGGGCGCCGAUGCUCGAGCAGAUUGCGGAGGCCGAAGAGGAGGAGGUGGACGAGGCGGCUAUCCACGUCGUCAAUUUGGUGUCUCGAUGCGUUGUGGAGCAGCUCGGCGAAGUGGAAGCGCAGUGGACGAGCUUGAUGCUCGAGGUCUCUCGCACUGGACCGCCAGCAUCGCGGGCGGGCGAUCCGUCACCAGAGCGCCUCGACGGGCAGGACCAGGUGGGCGACCUCGAGGACGCCGAGGCUGGCCAGACGGAUCCGGAGGCGGAGGGCCGGGGAGGCGGCGGGGCCCUUCCCCGCAGCGCCGGUCUGGUGCGUGUGGAGGGCGUGGGCGAGGUGGGCCUCGAGGGCACCGAGGGCGGCCAGAGCGAUCCGGAGGCGGAGGACGGGCUGGCUGCCGAGGCAUCCUGCACUCGACCGCCAGCAUCGCGGGCGGGCACUACGACGCCAGAGCGCCUCGACGGGCAGGACAAGAGGGGCGAUUUCGAGCACACCGAGGUCGGCCAGACGGAUCCAGAGACGGAGGACCAGGGAGACUGCGAGGCCAUCUGGACGCGGGAGGUCUCUCCGACACAAGAGCUGCACGACCAGGCGGACAAGCUGGUCGAUUUCGAAGACACCGAGAUUGGCCACAAGGAUCCAGAGAUAGAGGACCAGGAAGACAACAAGGUCGCCUACGACGGCGAGCAGGAGCCCGAGCCCGAGCAGUCCGGGGGCGAGGAGGCCCCCGAGCCAGAGCGGGCGCCGGACCCCGUUCCGUCUGCUUGGCCCCUGCUCAUCCAGGCGGACCCCCCGCCGCACACGGCGGCCCGCGGCACCUCGAGGGCCUUCGCUUCGCCCUCCGACUGGCUAGGCGGCGCCGGCCCGGCCGGCGACCGCCCGGCCGCGGCGGGGCACGCCCGCGGCGUCGCUGGCGAGGGAGCUCUAGCGUCCUGCGCCGAUGCGCUGACGCUGGCUCCUGAGGCAGCCCUGGAACUGCCGCUGCGCCUGGCGGAUGGCCACGUGCCACUCUUCGUAAAGUGGGAAAAGUACCUCGGCAAGGACCUGCGCGACGUGAACUUCGUCCAGAUCGGCGGCAAUUGCGGCACGAACCUGCCGGAGUGCGCCGUGGGAGGCGACCCUAUCUGGGAGUACGCCACCCGAUUCGACUGGAACGGCAUCGUCUUGGAGCCUGUGCCUCAGAUCUUCUCCAAGUUGACCAAAAACUACAAGCCGUAUCCCACCGUGAAGCCAGUGCAGGCGCUCGUCAGCAACCACUCCGGCGUUGGCAAGAUCCUGGACCGUGCGGAGACCUCCCACGAGAUCAGCCUCUCUCGUAAGAAGGGCGUCGAGGUGCCCACCUACACGUUGGAGACCCUCUGGAAGGAUGUAUUCGGCGCAGACAAAGAGAAGGUCGACCUCCUCGUCGUGGAUGCAGAGGGCAACGAGCCGAAGAUCCUGUCCGGCGCGUUCCCAGAGCCGAAGCCGAAGCUGGUGCUCUUUGAGAUCGCCAAUCUUCAGUCUGCUGAGCUCGCGGGCAUCGAUGCCAACCUGAAGAAGGAGGGCUACGUCUUGCUGGAAAACCUGGUCCAUCAGGACAAGGUGGGACUCACGAUGGCUCCGCAGGACGCGCUGUAUGGCCUGAAGGACACGCAGGCGGCGCAGGAAGCGCUGGCAGCGCGCAAGAUCGAGCAGUCCUUGCCUCUCGCCUUGAAGGAUGGCCACGUGCCACUCUUCGUGAAGUGGGAGGAGUACCUCGGCAAGGACCUGCGCGGCGUGAACUUCGUCCAGAUCGGCGGCAAUUGCGGCACGAACCUGCCGGAGUGCGCCGUGGGAGGCGACCCUAUCUGGGAGUACGCCACCCGAUUCGACUGGAACGGCAUCGUCUUGGAGCCUGUGCCCCAGAUCUUCGCCAAGUUGACUGCGAAUUACCUGCCGUAUCCCACCGUGAAGCCAGUGCAGGCGCUCGUCAGCAACCACUCCGGCGUUGGCAAGAUCCUGGACCGUGCGGAGACCUCCCACGAGAUCAGCCUCUCUCGUAAGAAGGGCGUCGAGGUGCCCACCUACACGUUGGAGACCCUCUGGAAGGAUGUGUACGGCGCGGACAAGGAGAAGGUCGACCUCCUCGUCGUGGAUGCAGAGGGCAACGAGCCGAAGAUCCUGUCCGGCGCGUUCCCAGAGCCGAAGCCGAAGCUGGUGCUCUUUGAGAUCUCUUCUUUGCAGCCGCAGGACCUGGCGGGCAUCGACGCCAACCUGAAGAAGGAGGGCUACAUGCUGCUCAAGGAGCUGAAGCACCAGGAUAAGGUCGGCCUGACCAUGCCGCCUCAGGACGCCCUCUACGGCCUGAGCAGUGAGUUCGCCUCGGCGUGA